GUUAAUACUUACUGGGUUCAAUACACGCCGUCGUUGGAAUCCUGUUGUGGAAAAACAGAUAAAACGACGUCGGUCUAUGAUUUCCAUUUUGGCGGUAUUUACCCCGUGGCUUCACACGAGAGUGAAUCCCUAAAGCCUCGUUUGGUGGCUGCGAGGAACAGACGAAGGGAAAUGAAAACAUACUCAACCUCUUGUGGGUUUUUACCGCGAUUUUCUCAGCAACCAAAUGCAACCUAACUUCAUUUCAAAACCCAAAGAAAAAAAAAGGGUAAAAAAGAAAAAGAGAAAAAAAAGGAAAGGAACACUAUUGGCAGUUAAAUAACUUCCACGUUCAACCCCGCCAAAACCGCACUCAAAAUCCUUCUCGCAGUUUGAACUGAUCACAAUCACAGCGUUUCUCCGCCAAUGAAAGACCAAAAGCCGAGAACCAGAAGAAGGCCCCUCGCACUGAUCAUCACCAUCAUUUUUCUCAGCAUCAAUGGCGGUUCAGUUUACGGGGUCCAGAUUCUUUCGAAAUCUAAACUCGAAAAAUGUGAGAAGGUUUCAGAGUCUGACAACCUCAAUUGCACCAAGAAGAUCAUUUUAGACAUGGCGGUUCCUAGCGGAUCGAUAUUAAAGGCAAGGUGGUUUCCCAUGUUAGACCAAGUGGACUUUCUGAAUAAGUUUUCCUCUAUGAGUGGUGGGGAGGCUUCCAUUGUUGCAGAAGUAGUGGAGGUAGAGGAGAAUUCAACCCACAAGAUGCAAACUUUGCGGGUACCACCCACAAUAACAGUCAAUAAGUCGGCUGCGUAUGCGGUAUAUGAGAUAACAUAUAUACGAGAUGUUCCUUAUAAACCACAAGAAUAUUUUGUUAAGACACGCAAAUGUGAGCCAGAUGCUAGUGCAAAAGUUGUGAAGAUAUGCGAGAGGUUGCAAGAUGAAAAUGGUCAUAUUAUUGAGCAUACUCAGCCCAUCUGUUGUCCUUGUGGGACCCACCGACGGGUGCCUUCAUCAUGUGGAAACUUUUUUGACAAGUUGAUGAAAGGAAAGGCCAAUACUGCACAUUGUCUCCGAUUUCCAGGUGAUUGGUUCCAUGUUUUUGGUAUUGGACAACGAUCAUUGGGGUUUAGCAUUCACAUUGAGGUGAAAACAGGAUCAAAAAUUUCGGAAGUCAUUGUAGGUCCUGAAAAUAGAACAGUAAUGUCCAAUGACAAUUUUCUAAAAGUUAAUCUUAUUGGGGAUUUUGCUGGAUAUACGAACAUUCCAUCAUUUGAGGAUUUCUAUCUCGUCACUCCAAGGCAGGGUGGCCCAGGUCAACCACAAAAUUUGGGGGUCAAUUUUUCUAUGUGGAUGCUGCUCGAGAGAGUGAGAUUUACCUUAGAUGGUCUUGAAUGUAAUAAAAUUGGUGUCAGUUAUGAGGCUUUCAACGGGCAGCCAAACUUCUGUUCUUCCCCAUUUUGGAAUUGCUUGCAUAACCAGUUGUGGAAUUUCCAGGAAGCAGACCAAAACCGAAUCAAUAGGCAUCAGUUGCCAUUAUAUGGUGUGGAGGGAAGGUUUGAAAGGAUAAACCAGCAUCCAAAUGCUGGGACACGGUCAUUCUCCAUAGGAAUCACCGAGGUUCUUAAUACAAACCUGUUGAUUGAACUAAGUGCUGAUGAUAUAGAAUAUGUAUAUCAGAGGAGUCCUGGGAAAAUCUUGAGUGUCACUAUCCCAACAUUUGAGGCCCUUACUCAAUUUGGGACUGCUACAAUCACAACUAAGAAUGUUGGUAAAGUGGAAGCAUCAUAUAGCUUAACGUUUGAUUGCUCGAGAGGUGUCACCCUCAUGGAGGAACAAUUCUUCAUAAUGAAACCAAAUGAAAAUAUAAUUCGUUCUUUUAAACUUUAUCCAACAACUGAUCAGGCUGCAAAGUAUGUAUGUUCAGCUAUUCUAAAGGACUCAGAUUAUUCUGAAGUUGAUAGAGCUGAGUGCCAAUUCACCACUACAGCUACGGUUUUUGAUAAUGGAUCACAGACUACUCCUUUUCAACCACCAAAGACCAGUAUAAAUGGUUUCUUCGAGUCUAUUGAAAGCAUAUGGAACAAAUUUUGGGAUGGUUUUGUAGACUUCAUCACUGGAAAAACUUGCAGAAGGAAAUGCUCAAGAUUUUUUGAUUUUAGCUGCCAUAUACAGUACAUAUGUAUGAGUUGGAUGGUGAUGUUUGGUCUACUUCUGGCAAUUUUCCCAACAGUGCUUGUGCUGCUCUGGCUUUUACAUCAAAAAGGACUCUUUGAUCCUCUAUAUGACUGGUGGGAGGAUCGUUUUUGGGCUGACAAUCAGAGUAUUGGAGACACUCGGCGCCAUAGAAUUGAUGUUGACAACCCCCAUAUUCAUCUCAAACAUCAUAAGCAGGAAGCAAGGCACUACAGGCAUGAUGCUCAAAGUAAGCGAAGAAGCAUUCAUGACAAGCGCAGGCAUAAGCAUUCAUUACAGGACUCUGAUUAUUAUUAUUAUCUGCACCAUGUUCACAAAAACAAGCACAAACAAGGGAGAAGUAAGAAUUCAAGUAUUAUGCAUCAACUCUACUCAGACAGAAGGGAGGAUGACGGUAUUGGGCAGCGCAGGUGCAGAAAGGAAAGGGAGUUACCAGAGAAACAUGGUCAAGAAAAGCACGAUGAAUUCAACAAGCACAAACAUGGUCUGCUCAACGACACACAUGUCAAGCUGCAUGCCAAGCGUAGAGAAUAGUUGGAUUUCAAUUGAUAAUAAAAGUUAUCAUCUUAGUUUGCUUCACCUCGGGAAAGCAGUAUAUUGGUUAGGUAUGGGGUGGUGUUUGUUGUUAGUAAGCUCAAGCCUUUGACAAUUCAUGUAAUUUUGUGACUCAGAGGGCCAGUUUGCACAAAAAAGGGCGAUAUAUAUGGAAAACAUUUACACUAAUUAUUACA